AUGACCUCGUCUUCCAAACUCGCGCGCAAUUCGCGCCGCAGCCGCCACGCUCGCUCGCAGCCCUCGGACCUCGGCGCCCACAACCCUCCUUCUCCUGUGGAUAAACCAGCCGCCCGCAGCGUCAGCAGCGGUUCUGCCACCCUGCACGAGGAAAGAGCACGCCGCUCGUCGACAAAUGCGAACAACGCGGCCGACAACGCUUGGCCUACGGAAGGUGGAGGAGCCUCUCCUUCGGAAGCUUCCGUCUCACCAAGUCCUACGGGCGGAUCGGGCGGCGGCAGCGGCGACAGCUCGUCCACGGCGACGGCUACGCCGACUGAGGCUGCGACGACCACUACCCAAAACAGUCAGGCUCCUCCAGCGUCUACAGCGACCCCCACGCCUGUGACCACGACGCAGCAGUGGGUGCCACCCACGAGCAGUAGCCCUGCCCCUCCUGUCGCCGUGGCGAGCACCUCCUCGCCUCCCCCGCCACCACAACAGUCGACUGUUGUCGUGACGGAGACGCUCAGCUCUUCGACAGCCGUGUCCGCCCUGGCCAGUGGCACUUCGCUGGCUGCCAGCUCUGUCACGUUUGUGUCCUCGACGGCCAUUCUGACGAGCACGCUUGCGCCCACGACCAUUGCGGGUAUUAUGUUCACCCCCAUUCACACCAGCGCUGUCGUCACGGUCGUCCCUUCCACCAUCAAGCCCGCGUCCACCGUCAAGGCGACCGCGACGGGCACCCUCGCCACCCAGGCUGCCGAUCCCAGCAGCAACAAGCUGGCGGCAGGUGCCGUUGCUGGUAUUGUCGUCGGCUGCCUUUUGUUCCUUGUUGCAGUGUACGCCUUUGUUGCUAUCUGGCGCCGUAAACGCGACGAAAACAGCGCUCUCCAGGACGAGUGCGGUCGCGGGUACGAGGGCACGUCGGCCGACGGCAUGUACGAGAAGACGACGCACACGAGCAACCUCAACCGCAGCGGCACGACACAUUCGGCCCUUUCCUUCUCAGACGACCCUGUUGACCGCCCGCCGCGAAGCAACGGGGGCUGGCACCACAACUACACCAACGACGGCGCAAGCGGCAGCGGUGGUGGUGGCACGUUCCUCUCUGUGCCAUAUGGCGCGCCAUCCCUCCCGCCUGUGCAGCGCGAGGUGGUUGCCCAGUCCCAGCCCCAGCCGAUCCCUGUCCCGUCGCGCGACUCGACCUACUCUGCCAACUCGGAGUACUCGAAUCUCGAGCGCCACGCGUACGACGGUGUGUCUGAAGACGCGCACGGCGUCGCCCCGCUCGAGGUACGUGCAAACGACGACAUUCGCCUCACCCAGUUUGACGACUGGAUGCAGUACGAAAACGGCCUGCAGCCCGCCAACCCCCACUCUGGCAGCACCGAGCACAUCCCCGCCCAGGCCCAGGUCGGCGUCGCGCUCAGCCCGCCGGCCAACCACCAAGGCUACGACGACAUCUACGACACGUACGCCAACGAGCCCAAGCCGUCCAACGGCCCCUGGCUCCGCUCGACGCCAGUGCCCGUCCCCGUCUCUCCUGUGCAACUCGUCCAGCCUCACUAUGGCGAAGUGAGCCAUGCUUGA